GUUUAUUUGCAUGCGGCGAACGUUACGGUUAAAAACAAAAAGAUGAAACAAAAUUAAAUAAACAUUUAGGAAAAUACUAACAACAAUAAAAUAAAAACGAAAAGAAAAAAUAAGCAAAUUGGCAGUUGAGAUUAUUUUUAAAAUUUUCUUGAACAAAAAGAAAAAAACACGCACAGUUCAACAAGAAACUCGGCAUUUUAAAAGUGUGUGGUGGCGCGCAAAAAAAAAACGAAAACUCGAACUCGCAGCGAAUAAAAAGAAAAUAGAAUUUUGUUACAGUAAAUUUGCAGCAAUAAAACAAACAUGGCGUGUUCAACGAAAACGUUAAAAAUAUUUGCACUCACAUGGGAUUUUCUAUAUGCAAUCCUUUCAUUGGCCGUUGCUGGUAUUGGCAUUUACAUACUGUUCAAAUUUGAUUUUGAUACCGCCGCAUAUGUCAUACUCGGUUUGGGUAUAAUUGUUACAUUGUGCGCAGUUUUUGGAAUAUUGGGCGCGACACGUGAAAGCAGUCGUCUGUCAAAAUGUUUUGUAGCAUUUGUGAUCGUUUUGGCCAUUCUACAUGUUUUGAUUGUGGGCUUCUUUUGGAUAUUCCAAACAUCACUGCUGAUAAAUGUGGACAAGACAUUCGAUAAAUUAUGGAACAAUCAAGUCGUGCCAAUUAGACCAGGAAACAAUACAGCACACAUUGCUAAUUUGGAACGUUGGCUUGAGUGCUGUGGCAAUGCUGGUCCUAAAGAUUAUGUAUUGGCUCCCCAUAGUUGCUACAAUAGUGAAACCGAUAAAUUAAAUAUGGAUGGCUGCCGACAAAAGUUCCUCGACUACAUAGCCGAUCGUUGGACAAUCUUUAAUAUUUUUGCACUUGUUUUGAUUGUAGUAGAGUUAAUUUGUGCGGCAUUUGCGUAUGUUUUGGCCAACAGUAUUCUCAAUCGCUGGCGCCGUUCAAAAUACUACACGAAAUAAAUACAAAAAAAAUCCUCUCAGCUUAAUUUUAAUCAUUACGACCACCUUCAACACCAUUAUUAUCAUCAUUUUCAUUUGAUGAUUAAAGUGUGUGAUCGUGUGUUUAGUUUUUUUAGCAUUCUUGGGGGAAAACAAUUUGAAAUUGUCCCAACUCUCGUUAGUAGACCAAAGAUGAAUGAUUUGAAUUCUCGAUUAUAUAUAUUUUUAAUUUAAUUUCCAUUCUCUUUGUUUUUUAUUAUUUUUUCUCACCGUCUGUUUUGUUGUCAAAUAUAUAGUAGAUAUUUGAGAAUAAUUAUUACUAAUAGAUCCGUUAUGUUGUCAGUUGUUUUUUCUAGUCUACCUCAUAAUCAUCUUUAUCAUCAGUUUGCUUAUUAUUUCUUUAAAUCAUAACAAAAUUAAUAAAACAAUAAAAUCAAUUUGUAAAAUUGUGCCAAAAUUAUAAAGCCAACUCAAUCAUACAAUGUUUAAUUGAAACAAUAAUAAAUUUUAAGCGAAUUGUUUAAUUUCCUUCUCAACAGAAUUCAAUGUAUCGAUCAAUGCAAAUGUUGUUCAUAUUUUUUAUAUAAGAAAUGCGUAAUAAUAACCAAAAAAAAAAUAUUUUUAUAAUAAAUACAGCAAUUAUUUUGUAUUUUCUUUUGCAUAAUAACUAAAUAUUAGAAUUUAUUAUUUUCCACUAAAUAUUUUGAAGAAACUUAUUAAACAAAUCUAAUUUACGACUAUAUAUUUGGGAUAUUCACACUUUCUACUAUUUGGUCAUAUUUUCAUAAUAUCCUAAUAUAUUAUGAUAGAUUAAUCAAAUUUUUGUUGUGUAUCAAAAAAAAUGUUCUAAACUAAUAAGACUAUUUGAACUAUGUUUAUUGUUUUGUCAUAAAAUAAUACUUUUUUUGUUUAAAACACAACAACAACUAUUAUAAUAUAUUAGGACAUUAUGACAAUAUGACUAAUAGCAGACCAUAUAAAUACCCCAAUUGUAUGUAGGAAUUUAUGCCGUUUUCUUUUCUGGGAAAAAUAUUGUAUUUUCUCUAUUGUAACUAUUUGUGAAAGUAUGUCAUUAUGCAUUGAGAUUCAUAAAUAUUUGUGUUUAAAUUAUAUUUAAAUUAUCGAUCUUAAAUUUUUUUCCAAAAAAAUACAGAAAAAUAUAAACAUUUAUCCCUGAAAAGAAUUCGACGCAAUGACAUUUUUUGUUUUCAGUUGAAUUACGCUUAAUUAUACUUCUUAAUGUAUGCUUUUUUAAUUUGUUAGAUAUAUCUAUGUAUGUAUAUAAUUCAAUUAAUUAAUUAAUUAAUAUAUUGAAAAUUGUAUAAUUGUUAAACAUUACAUAUUAAUGCAUUUAUGGAAGCAUCAAAUUUAACGAACGAUAUAUAUUUACGAACACUUACAUAUAAAAAUUGUUAAUUUACAAAAACUCCUUAAAUAUUUUUUAUAAAAAAUCAUAUUUAAUAAAUAAAUUGUACAAACUUAAGACUAACAA